UUUCAAUUUUUCUGCCGUCUAAUUGAAAGAAAAUUGUGAGAUAGUAUUGGAGGCUCCAUAAAGUCAGUGAGACUUAUUUCGAAAAUUUGUUGAAAUUAGUAAUAUUAAUGUAAAUUUUGAAGCAGUGUUGCUUAACUGCUCAAAACAUUUUUUGUUAAUGGAAAUGUAUGUGCCAAGACAAGGACGAAAAUCCUACCACGGGGUUUUUCUGUUGCCGUAUAGAAGACAAUGACAGAUCGAAAGUCACAGCUUUUUACUCAAAAAUAGUUGAUUUGAUAAAAGUAUUAUUUCUGGGCGAAACUGUGUUCUUAAAACCAAAAAAUUCAAUAUGCAAGUGCCCCCAGUAUUUAUCGAUAUUCCUCUAGAGGACCAGACGCAAGAGUUGCGCGGCUACCUGAAAAGUCUGGGAGCAGAAAUAUCGGAAGAAAGAUCACCCAAAGGCAUUGAAGAUGAUCUGCACAAGAUUAUUGGCGUGUGUGAUGCAUGCUUUAAAGAGGGCAAUGAGCCCCAAGUGGAGCUUGUUUUAAAUGACAUUGUCUCCAUAAUGGUUUUGGUUUCUCCAGAAAGGGCGGAAAAUAUAAUUUUGGCUUUCUGUGAAAAACUCACGAAAGCCCAAGGCCAGAAACUGGGAGAGGUCUGCCUAAGAGCGCUCUGGCUCUUAUAUCAGUCUCUUGAUGAAAGAUCAGCCAUGAGAUAUCCGGUCUAUUACCAUUUAUUGCAGAUUGCAAGGCAAACUGACCAAAUCAAGUCAAUAUUUCAAGAUAUUGAAAAACUGAAACAGCAGUUCAAGCUUUGCCCAUUGUCUAAUGAAGAGCUGCAGAAGCUGUACAGGCUGUUGCACCAAGUUUUAGUGAAAAGCAAUCAAAGUGAACAAGCUGCUAAAGUAAUGAUUGAGCUACUCGGAACAUACACCGAUAAAACGGCAUCGCAUGCAAGAGAAGAUGCUAUCCGAUGCAUCACCACGGCCAUCGCAGACCCAAACACAUUUCUCUUGGAGCCGCUGUUGGAUCUGAAACCGGUACAUAUCCUGAAAGGACAACUGAUUCAUGACUUGCUCAGCAUCUUUGUGAGCGAGAAUUUGGCGGCUUAUCUAAAGUUCUACCAAGAGCACAAGGAAUUCAUAACUAGUCAAGGCCUUAACCACGAGCAAAACAUGAGGAAAAUGAGACUGUUGAGCUUUAUGCAGCUGGCUGAGACUACACCAGAGAUGUCUUUCGACACCAUAGAGCGUGAGCUGCAAAUCAAGAAGGAGGAAGUUGAGGCCUUCAUAAUUCAAGUUUUGAAGACAAAGUUGGUGAGUGCUCGAAUGGACCAAUCGGCCAAGAAAGUGUUCGUUUCCAGCACCAUGCACAGGACCUUUGUAAGGUCGCAAUGGCAACAUUUAAGAGAUGUGCUUCAGUCCUGGAAAAACAACCUGGCCGUUGUUCAGGAAGGAAUGAAGUCUGUAACUGCCGCCCAAGCCGAGCUAAUGAAUCAACCAAUGCAAGCUGUUUAGAAGUCCAAUCAAUAAUAAUAUCCAAAAGAAACGUUUGAAAUAGCCGAAGGAUUUCAAAUACAUUUAUAUUUUUAGUUCAGUAUUAAACUAAAAAUAUUGAAUUGAAAA